AUGGCCGACGUGGAGCCCUGCUCAGCGCCGCGGCCCCUCGCCAGGGACCCCGCUGGCGGCCGACCUCAACACACAGCCUCAAGGGCGGCCGCCUGGAGUCCCGCUCUGGCCGCCAGGCCGCGUGGACGCAGCGGGCAGCCGCCCCCCGGAGCCCAGGAGCAGGCGCACAAGCCGCCCCCGAGCGGCACUGAGCGGCCGGCAGGGUGCCACCGCCGGGGACGCUGCACCAGGGCUCCUCAGGCUCCGGGGGGCUCCGCCCCGGCGCCUGCACCCCAGCCCGCCUCUACCUGGACUCAGGCCGGCGCCUCCCCACGGCCAGGGCCAGGCGCGGUGUCAAACGCCUUCAAACGCCCCGUCCGGGGGGCAGCGGGUGACGGCGCUCGGGCGGAGCGGCCCUGCGGCUCCUCUCACCGCACCCCUGGGAGCCGGGCCAGCAGUGGCCACAGCGCCCCCAAGGCGCUGGUCAGCCUGACUGCGGGGCUCGAGGGCAGAUGGACAACGCGCGCCCGGCAACAUUCGGCUGACCGGUCUGAGCGCGCCUUGGCUCUCCGGCCAGCUCCCCUGCUGGAGCCCACAGAGCGGAACCGGGAAAAGCCGGCUGCGUCCAGAGGCUGAACGCCCCUGCGGGUUGUGCAAGGGCCCGGGCCACGUGACCCCAAAAACCAGAACUGCGAGGACCGCAGGGCCUGGCCGCGCUUUCUGCCAACUUACUUUCGGCGACGGGAACGGAGCGCGAGUCGGCCCGGCCGCCCCGGC